AUGAGGACCACCAGCUCCAUGGAGCCCAACCACAUCCUGCGAGAGAUCCGCAAAGUGCUGGACGCCAACAGCUGCGACUACGAGCAGCAGGAGAGCUUCUUGCUGCUGUGUGUGCACGGGGAGGCCCGGCCGGAGGGGGAGGCCACGGGGGAGGCUGCGGGGGAGGGACGAGCUGACCUGGUGCAGUGGGAGAUGGAGGUGUGUAAACUGCCACGACUGUCGCUCAACGGAGUCCGCUUCAAGAGGAUCUCAGGCUCCUCUAUCGCCUUCAAGAACAUAGCUUCUAAAGUGGCCAACGAGUUAAAACUAUGA